UGUGUUCAACAGAAGAAAUACAUUUAUACUGGUUUGGAACAUCCUGUUGUAAAUGCUGACAGAAUUAUUUUGAGGUGAGGUCUCACUUUAAGCAGAUUCACCACGCUGCAAGAGAGAGAGAGAGCUAUAAAAGGAAAGAGAGGAAGAGACUAACAGACAGUGAGAAAGAGGCACGAAAAGAUGCUUGAACUUUCACUUUUGCUGCAUUUCAUACCGCUGAAGUGAGAAAUAGAAAUUUAGAGUAGCAUCAAUGUCUGAAUGUCUGAAAAUCUGCUCUGCUAUCUGUGACUUCUCCUGUGUAUAACUAUGAUGAGCCCAGAUUUAGAGAACUGCACCAACUUGUAUGACCAUCGUCCAGUGGCCCGAGUCCUCAUACCUCUGGCCUAUUCCAUCAUAUGUCCAGUGGGACUUUUAGGCAAUGCCCUGGCUCUUCAUGUGAUCUUCUCCAACAUCACCAAAAUUAAUUCCAUCACGCUUUAUUCCGCCAACCUGGCUGUGUCCGAUAUCAUGUUCUGCCUGUCGCUUCCCCUCCGAGCUGUUUACUACGGCCUUGGCUUCCACUGGCCCCUGGGGGAAGGACUCUGUAAAGCCAUAACCCUGCUCUUCUAUUUGAACUGCUAUGCUGGAGUAAACUUCAUGACCUGCCUGGCAGUCGAUCGCUUUGUGGCGAUGGUGUUUCCUCUGAGUCUGGUGAAACUGAGAAAGGUGAAAAAUGUGCGAUUGGUGUGUCUGGCCAUAUGGCUGCUGGUGUUUGCCCAGACGUUGCCUCUCCUGACCAUUAACUUGACCAAAACGGAGCAUGACAACAGCAUCACCUGUAUGGAAUACCCCAAUUUCGAGGGUCUUUUCAAAGGGCUGCCCUACAUGCUGAUCGUGGGGGUAGUUUUAGGCUUUGGAGUCCCAGUGGUGACAAUCAUCGCCUGCUAUUCCAUUCUGACCCGUAAACUACGUCUAGCAGCAAAGUCGAACCGACUGACAGAACGUUCUGGAAGAACCAAAAAAGCAAGAGGAGUGAUCGCGGGAGUGGUAUUUGUGUUUGUGGUGUGCUUCAGCCCAUACCAUAUAGACCUUUUGCAAUACAUGAUCCGAAAACUUUUCUACGCUCCAGACUGCAUGGAGCUACAGUCCUUUCAGAUAUCCCUGCAUAUUACGGUGUGUCUUAUGAACUUAAAUUCCUGUCUGGAUCCCUUUGUUUACUUUUUUGCAUGCAAAGGCUACAAGCAGAAGCUGACGAGAAUGAUGAAGUGGCAGGUUGGCACCCACUUCUCCACUGCUGGAAGAAUCUCGCCUGAAAGUUCAGGCAUAGGCGACGAGCUCGGCAUACGCCGCAACAACAAGAUAAAAAUGAACACUAUUAGAGAAGCUCUGUAAAACAAUCAUCAACAAACACAUAUGUGGGGCCACAGUCAGGCCAGUCGCAACAAGGCAGGCAAACCAAGCAAUUGCUUGGGGCCCAGAACUGACCUGGGGCCCCAAGACAACGACUGGUUAAGAAUAAAAUGCAACGACACUGUGUGAGCGCCCCUUUGAUCGUCAAUGCAGUAACAUGUAAUGACACUGUUAUCGGGAUCCCCCUCAAGGGGGCCCCUCUCAGUUGUCGCUGACAGCAGCAGGCCAACCAGGUCAAGUGAUCUCUGCUUUUUUUUUUUUGAACGGAAGGAAUAUGGUUACUGUAAUAUGUUUUUUUUUUUUUUUUAACGGGAUAAGGAAAACGCAGAUCAGAAAUCGCAGACUGCAAGGAGUCAGCAGUGUUUUGAUUUGAGGGCUCAGGCAAACAUAAAGAGAACGUCGUGGCGUGUUUCGAUUGCAAGGAUCGCGGAAUCCAGUCAUAAAAACGGAAUUUACAGUUUAACGCAGAAUGACACGUAAUUUGCCAAAUUUUGAAUGAAUGAAUUAAAAAUAGGUCAUUGCACUUACAUCAAACCACGAUACAGACUAAUAUCUGUAAAUAUUAAGCAGGAACAGUCUGUUUAAAUAUGAAUCCUGCAUGUUCUGCCUGUCUCUGUUAAUGAAAGGAGCAGAAGACGCACUGAAGCGCGCGUGACGCUCGCAGUGAUUUCAGUCUCUGAUGUCUAAAUGUCUGUCUGAUGUCUGAUGUCUGAUGGUAAAACGUCUGAUGUCUCACUAAAUAAGGAUGUGAACACAUGAACAACAUCUACAGGACUGCUCUUAACAAAAACUUUAGUUUGCUUAAUUUUCAAUAAUUAAAAGAUAAAUUAAUGUUUGGUGUUUAAUGUGCAUCUCAGAAAAUGCUUUAUUUAAAAACCCACCUGAAUGGCACUUAAAUGCACUUAAUUCAUCUGUCAACUUUAUUGUCAUUGUUCAAAGUACAAGUACAGACAGAGAAACAAUUAUUAAUAAUUAAAUGUUUUUUUUAAUGUAUGCAUUGCAUUCCAUGCAUUUAAAAAAUAAUAAAAAAUCUAAAAAAGGAAACUUAGUUUUUCAUUUAACGCACCCCUGAGCUGGUAAUAGUGACCUCUUUCAAUAUGCUAACAGUGAAAUGGUAAAACGUACUUCACAGGUAAUUUCAGAUUUUUGUUUCAAUUAUUUCCCAGCUACACCAUCAACUUCAUCCUCAACAUCAACAGAUGCAUCACUUCUCAGUGCUGAUUUUUCCUCUAUAAAGCACAAGGUACCACACGCUCUAUAAUUAUAGCUGAUAUCCUGCUCAGCCCAGAGUUUAAACUAAGUUUUUGCUGUCAUAUUAUUAGAAGAAAAAUUCCCACCAAACUAUUUUUUCAAGCAGUAUUUGCACUGUAAACUUUUUAUAAUUUAUAUAAAGUGCGGGUGAACUUAAACUGUAUGGCUAUGCUAUGGUUCCUGUAGGCUUUGCGUGUG